CCUGCCCCCAUGAGUACCAGGCUGUUGAGGCUGGGCCAUCUCCUCCUCACUUCCAUUCUGACUGCAGUCUGUGGUUCUGAUUCCAUACCAGAGGGACUCAGGAUGUUGCUGGGAGCUGUUCUACUGCUAUUAGCUCUGCCCAGUCAUGGCCAGGAUACCACAACUCAAGGGCCCGGAGUCCUGCUUCCUCUGCCCAAGGGGGCCUGCACAGGUUGGAUGGCAGGCAUCCCAGGGCAUCCAGGCCAUAAUGGGGUCCCAGGUCGUGAUGGCAGAGAUGGCACCCCUGGCGAGAAGGGUGAGAAAGGAGAUCCAGGUCUUAUUGGUCCUAAGGGAGACACUGGUGAAACUGGAGUAACCGGGGCUGAAGGUCCCCGAGGCUUUCCGGGAAUCCAAGGCAGGAAAGGAGAACCUGGAGAAGGUGCCUAUGUAUACCGCUCAGCAUUCAGUGUGGGAUUGGAGACCUACGUUACUGUCCCCAACAUGCCCAUUCGCUUUACCAAGAUCUUCUACAAUCAGCAAAACCACUAUGAUGCCUCCACUGGUAAAUUCCACUGCAACAUUCCUGGGCUGUACUACUUUGCCUACCACAUCACAGUCUAUAUGAAGGAUGUGAAGGUCAGCCUCUUCAAGAAGGACAAGGCUAUGCUCUUCACCUAUGACCAGUACCAGGAAAAUAACGUGGACCAGGCCUCCGGCUCUGUGCUCCUGCAUCUGGAGGUGGGCGACCAAGUCUGGCUCCAGGUGUAUGGGGAAGGAGAGCGUAAUGGACUCUAUGCUGAUAAUGACAAUGACUCCACCUUCACAGGCUUUCUUCUCUACCACGACACCAACUGAUCACCACUAACUCAGAGCCUUGUCCCAGGCCAAACAGCCCCAAAGUCAAUUAAAGGCUUUCAGUACAGUUAGGAGACUA